AUGGGUAAAUUUACAGGCAGAGAAUGUUACAUAACCGAUCUUAAGCUCAAACUCUCAUACUGUCCUGGGGAUGUCAUAAUUCUCAUGGGUGGAGCCCUCUACCAUGGGAUAGGACCGUGGAAGCCACUCCCUGGCAUUACUGAAGAUGGCAUUAAACCAGGACGAGUAUCUAAUGUUUGGUUCUUCCCUCACUCCUCAUUCCAAGUCUUGGAAAACAAAGAGCCUGGCUGGGCACUCAAGUCUGCUGGAGGUUUGAGAGGAACUGGCUCAGAGUUGGAUUCUAGCGACUGGGACUCAGAGUCAGACUAG